UGACUUGCUUUGGCGUGUUUGAUCUCUCUACAGCGUAGGUUACCAUGGUGAUGUACCCCGGUAAGAAGAGAACCACCUUCGUCGGAGGGGAAACCUGAAGUUACCUCGACAACCGCAAACGCUGCUUCGUGCUCACUGUGAAGAAUCUGUUCGUCGUUUCGUGGCGGCUUCGUCGGGCGGUGCGGAAAAUGUCGACGAACUUUUUUAACGGAGCUUUAUCCGAAGUAGGCAGGAAUGAGCGCUUCGUUUUCCCCGGACCCACCGCUGAAAACAAGGCUUUGAUAGAGAAGAUUCGUAAAGCAGAAAUCAAGCUGGUGCAAGUGGAAAACAAACUCGCCAGAAACAAUGACCAAAAGAAGUUAAUGACUGAAUUCCAUAAAAAUGGUAGACAUGAGCUGGAGAAUACCGGGGCUUUGUAUAAAGCCAAGGAAGGAGAAGAAGAGUUGGAGAAACACAUUACAGCUCUUGCAGAGAGGGAGACAGGUCGCCUGGUACAGGAUAUUGCUAAAAAGGGGAAUGAGCUUCGAUCCUUAGCAGAGAGAAGAAACAUGCAAGAGAAUCAAAUCUUCAAGACCCAACAAAAGCUGGAGGAGUUCAGGAACCAGAUGAACUGGGAUCAGCAGGCCUUGGAUGCCUUUUUGGAGGAGUCAGCGCGAAAAGAUGAGGACACGAUGGUCAUCAUAAAGUAUGCCCAGCAAGAUGAGCAGAAGAUCAAGUCACUCACACUGGCUAUAGAGAAGAAGACACUGGAAGCCAGUGAAAAGCGCAAAGCACUUGACAAGGAGUUGACUGAGACGAUAUCUGAACAGCUUGCUUUGGAUAAGACCACAGAGCAUUUGCAGCAGACCCACGUGGAGACACAGCAGCUCAUCCACCAGUGGGAAAACACCAUCAAUCAGAUGAAGCAGCGCGAUGCUGAAAUGCAGCAGUGUGUACUGCAACUUGACCAGGCGAACCAAAACAUCUGGGAAAGGAAUGUCACCAUUACAGAGAAGAGGAACUUGCUGGAAAAUCAGAAGAACAACAAUGCGGAAACGGAGAGGAAGACGUCCAUGGCACACCGGCAGGCUGUAAAACUGCGGCAGGAUCUGAAGGAGCAGGAGAACAACUGCAGCAGGCUGAAGGAUGAGCUGGAUAGCUGCAAGGGCACACUAGACAAAACAACCUCCAGUGUGGAGUCUAUGACGUCCAACAUAUCCAGAAUGAAGAAAGACAUCCAGGAUAAAAAAAAAAAACUCAAGGAGGCCAGGGAAUACUAUGCUGCGCUGGAGGAGAAGCUCAAAGUCGUCACUCAGACCGCCCUGAGUGAGGAGGAGAGGGCUUGCCAAAUGGACCAGUUCCUCAAGGACGAGGAACAGGUCAUCAAGGAGCUGGAUGUCCAGCUGCGCAGCUGCAGAGAGGAACUCUUCCGCCAUAAGGAGCAUUUGCAGGCACUAAAGACAAAGGGGAAGGAUGCUGUCGCCCAUGUUUCCGGGAGCAAAUCCACCAUCACCAACCUCGAAAAUCAGCUCAGAAAAAUGGAGAAGGACUUGGUCCGACAACAGAUGAUAAUUAAUGAGCAGGACUCCAAGAUCAUCUGCCUGGGUAGAAAACUGGCACGGCUGCAAGGUGACAUUCACCUGGAUGAAAAACAAAUGUUGGACGCGAAGAUCGAUGAGUUGACCAAAGCCCUAGAAGAGAAGAAGAAGACAGCCAACGCGCUCACCAACACGCUCAAAGAGUGCGAGGAUGAUAUUCGCUUAUUGAGGAAGGUAAUGGUGAAGUCAGAAGCUCAAAAGAGAAAUCUGUCCGAGAAGGUCGACGAGCUCAUGCUUCUCCGGAACACCAAUGAAAAGGAGCUGAAGAUACUUCGACUCAGGAAACAGGACAACAUGGUGGAUCGCAACAUCAUGAAGAUAGAGGUGAGGCGUAUCAGAGAUCUUCUGUACAACAAGGCAGACGCCGUGCUGUCUUUGGAGAAGAGAAAGCUGGGGCUGCAUAAAGCCAUAAAGGAGAGGGAGGAUGAGAUCAAAGUCUUCAGGGAGAUGCUGAGCCAGAAGCUCAAGAUCAGUGAGCAGGAGAGAAUGAGACUGAGUGCUGAACUCAAUGAGAAACUGGCCAAGACCGACAUGAUGAAGAACCGCUUUGAAGUUGCGACACUUUCGAUGGCCGCUCCUGAGGGGGAAGAGGAGAUGUCGGUGACUUAUUAUAUCGUAAAGGCUGCGCAGGAGAGAGAGGAGCUCAAGCAGAAGGGGGACGGCCUCGAUGCUAGAAUACGCAAGAUAGUGGAGGAGAACGAAGCUUACGAGAACAGCAACCACUUGUUCAAAAUCAGUAACUCAAGGUUUCACAAAUCGCUCAACAAAGGAUCUCAGUCAAGUGCAGAACACAAAGCAAAACUGAAGUUGGAGGAGGAGUUGAGGGCAGUGGAAGAUACGCUGAGGUACAAGAGCAGACAGUUCCAAGAGCUCCAGCAGGACAUCCAGGACAUGAACAACAACUUGGAAGGUCUGCUGCAAGAAGAGCAGGUCGAGAAAGAAAAGAUAAAGUAUCAACAGUCACUCAUCGCUAAACUGAACAAAGAACUCACUUGCCAGGAAGAGAAAAUCAAAAGAGCUACAAAACAGUGCUCCAAGCUGACCAGAGAGUUCCGCUCAGCACAAGACACUCAGACUGAGACCUUUGAAGAGAAGGACAUAAAGCUGAAGGAACUAAAAGAAUUCAACAAGAGCGUCGACAAAAUGCUGAACGAUGCCCUGAGUGUCCAGCCCGAUCUGAGAUCAGCGCUGGAUAACUACUUCCUGCAGGCCAAUCUGUCUCUUCCAAAUCCUUCCUCCGCUCCCACCAGCCACCGGAGCUCUCCCUCGACCAGAUCUGCUGCACCCUCAGUCAGGAAGUUGAACUGAAGGACCGUGAUGGAUUACACAGGUUCGCUAUUGUUUUCAAGUUGUGAAGAAGCCGCGUUUGUUUUGCUGUGUUCAAAAGCCUUUUAUUCUCAAAGUUGUAGGGUUAUUUCAGUCUGUAGUUGUUCGAUCUACUCAAAUAAAUCUAGUUAGUUUUUCUUUUAAUGAGAAGGAAAAAAAGUAACGGGAUCUUCCUGCUUUAAUUGAAAGACCUCUCAAUGGAAAGUAGCACAACAAUUUUACAGUUUGCACUUUCAGAUUUGGCCGGUUGUUUGAAUCUAAAUAAAAACAUUUGUUUCACUAAAUCUCUCUCUUUCCCGUCUCUUUCUUGUCUCUUAUGAAAUCAUUGUUGGCUUCGCUGUGGCUUUGUGAGAGCAGCAGGUGGAUGUGUUUCACUUCAUUCGUCUUUGGGUAAUUGGCGGCAGGUGAACUUUGAAUUCCACCAGUGGACCCAUGAUUGACAGACAGAGAAGGAGCCGCAGUUCCUCAUAUUUUUAUGGAACACUGAGGGUGUCAUUUUAAACUGGCUUUUUGUUGCGUCAUCACCUCAACAACUAUUGUUGAGAAUAUGACACACCCUCUGAAUGAGGGUGUCAUUUCCUUGUACGGGACAAAAAAAAAGCCAGGGGCUCUGAGAGAGCAGGAGCAACUCUUUCCCACGACAGACUUCACUCUUUGAAAGAAAUAAUAAUAAGUAAAGCCUCAACAUGUUGCUGCUGAUCUUGUUUGCUGGAUGUUUGGCCACGGGUGCUGCACAGACAACAUCUUUCUCCUCCGUUACUACGGAGACGUCGCCCACGACAGAGAGUCCAUUUACUCACCCAAUCCAGUUGACAACAGUCCUACCUGCAUCCCAUUUCACAAACAAUACUGUGGCAAUCCUGCGGACAGCGGUUCUGUCCAGUCGUGAGUUAAACCAUACGACGAUUGCUCCAGUCUUAAACAAGCUCUAUGACAUCAUCCGGCGGCUUCAACCUGGUCUGAACUUCACUCUGACGGUGAAGGACUUCACUGAAGUGUGAAACCUGCUCAUUGCAAAGGUUCCUGUGAGUUUGCUCACUUGUUUCACAGGAUUUAUAUGAAAAUAUUAUCCUCUUAUAAUAUGUGAAUAAGGAGGAUCCUGUUUCAUCCUCCCUGAUUUAAUUUCACUUUAAUUCAUUUCUGUUCAUUUUAUUCAAAACUGUGUAUUGUUUUUUUCCCCUUCAAUAAAGUUCUUAAAUAAUUUGGA